UUUCUGCUCAAUUCGUCGUUCCCUACACCUCUUCUUAAGAUUAUUCGAAUCCGCCAUGGCAGCCAAAAUCCCCAUCUUCACUGAUCAAGCCCCUGCACCAUUCCCGAUCUUCUCGCAGGCGAUCGUUCACAAAGACACAGUCUACUGCUCCGGCAUGGUUGGCCUGGAUGCUAAAACCAACACUUUAGUAACCGGUGGAGUGGAAGAGCAGACAGAGCAAUUACUGCGCAACCUGGACCUGGUCCUCCAGGCAGCCGAAUCCGGGCUGCAGGGCAUCCUCAAGAUGACCGUCUACAUCACCACCAUGGACGACUUUGCUGCGAUGAACCGCGUCUAUGCACAACACUUCUCUGCACCCAUGCCGGCGCGGACUUGCGUGGCGGUGAAGGAGUUGCCCCUGGGUGCGCUGGUGGAGAUGGAGUGUAUUGCGUCUAAAUAG